AUGGAAGAUCUACUGUCAUCUAACGGAGUACUCCCACCAGCGCACGUGCGGUUAAAACGAGAGAUCAUAACUCAUCGUCUACCACCAUCUCAACCCCUCUCUCUGGGUGCGCCCAGUAAGGCUAGAGCAGAGGCUGACGCCUCGGUUGUUGGCGUCAGUUCGGUACCAAAAUCGACGGGUGCUGAAACGCAGUCACAGGCACAGGUGGUGCGGAAGGAGCUUCACACGGGAAAUACCACGCAGGCCACUGGCGCCCAGGCGGACACACUGAGCGCCGAGUCUAUUUUAGAACCAACCCUGGACAGGACAACCCAGGACCCAACAGCGAAGGGCAGGACAGGUGCAGGCAUAGACACCCACGCACACGCACACACAAACAAGGGUGGUAGUGCCAGUGGUAGCACGGGACUAGUGACAGGUGGUGUGGACACCAACACCAACACCAACACCGGUGCCAAGACAAACACCGAUAUAGACGCCAACGCGGUUGUGCCAGCGGGCGAGGCUGUGACGGCAGCAUUGCCUAGCAACGGUAGCCUAGCAAUGGGCUCGACUCCGAAUACAACCGAUGAUUCCAUGGCAACCGAAAAUGCAGCAGGAGAGCAGGAGAGCAGUGUCAAUGAUCCGUGUCUACCUCUGGGAUUAGUGGAUGAGCACGAGACGUACAGACUUAUCGGCACAGGAGACUUUCACAAAUGCCGCAGGGCAUUGCAACCACUUCUCAACAUCACUGACAAUUGCCACAACGACCUCUUCUGCGCCUUCAACAACAUGGACCAGCCCCAAAUCGACUUCCAGAAUGUCCAGUUUCUUGGACUCAGCGAGUUCUGGUACACGCUGAAGAGUAUCUUUAAAGAAGCUGAUCUGAUGUACAACAGCACUGACUUUGAAGGUGUUGCCGCAGAGUUCUGUGCCACCCGAUGGAACGAUCUCGAGAAGAAAUGGGAAAAUGGUGCCUUUCCACCGGACGUUGCCCUCAGCCGCAUCCGCAAUCAGUGCUUCAAGUCUGCAUGGGUUACUACUACCUUUCACCAAGGCCAUGGCUUCCCAGAGAUGUACCAACUGCAGCCUGUCAGCAAAGUGAAUGGCAUUGAGAUGCAGUGGACGUUAGGAGCCAUGUUGUUGCUAGCCGUCAAGAACCACAAGGAAAUGGUUUCCACUCACGCAAG